AUGAGUUCUGAAGACGUCACCAAUCCAGACGAUGACAAGAAAAACAACAAUAACAACAAUAAGAAUAAAAAGAAUAAUAAUAAAGAUAAAGAUAAAAAUAACCAUAAUAAUAAUAAAGGCAGUGUCACCUGUGCUACUAUUACCGUAACCAGAGUCGUGGUCUGUGACGUCAGCGGAAGUAGCGGUGCUAGUAGUAGUAGUAGUGGUUUCGGUAUCAGUAGUGGUAGUAGUAGUAGUAUCAGCGUGGGACCGAUUAGUAGCAGUUGCAUCACCGCCAAGUUGGGGCAGUUCGAGACUCCGUACCGACUCCCUCCAACUCCGAAGUUGAAAAUACAGAAAAGGGCCGCCAGUUCAAAAGCAGGUCCAGAUACAGAAACGAAAAAAUUCAAAGCGAGAAGAAAAUUAAACUUCGACUCACCAACCGGUCAAUCUCCAACUUCCGAACUCUCAAGCCCAUCUCAGCAGAUGACCACAAUCACCAGCAUCGAAACAACUACUGCAGCACAGAUCACCAUCAGCCAGUCACAAAUCACCGGCACAGAAAUUUCCAUUGAAAUUCCAUUCCCCCGCUUUAGAGAUGAUGACGACGAAUCGGUGAUCAGUAGUGGCAGGUCGGACCCGGUCUCGACCGGUUUGAUUACCGGGGGUGAAGAAGAAGAGGAAGAGGAAAAGGAAGAAAGAGUAGAAGAAGAGAAAGGUGAAGGUGAGCUUGAUGAUAGCGGAUUUCAGUCGAAAGAUAUUUCAAAGGUAAGUCAACCGGGUGAUGAUGACGAUGGUGAUGAUGAGGAGGUUGGUAAAAAAGAGGAGGAGGAAUUGUCAGCGAAUGCAACCACAUCUUCAUCAACAUCAUCAUUUGCAACUACAUCUUUAUCAGCUUCAUCAGCUUCAACCACAUCAGCGGCAAUAAUUACAACAUCUACUACUACUAAAGAACAAUCGCUUCAGACAACAUCUCAAUUAACGAGCUCAGCAUCACCACUAUCAUCAUCAUCAUCAUCAUCAUUACCCACAGUGGCAACAUCAUCAUUAUCAUCAUUGACAACUACGUCCGCAUCACCAUCCACAUCAUCAGCACCAGUAGAAAGUACAUCUAGCACAUCUCUUGCACCGGCCAGUGUCUGCACUGCUGACAUAGUAACCGAAUCCACUUCCAGAAUCCCUUCUGCUUUUUCGGCAAAAUCAGCUUCCAUCUACUCAGACAUCUGCUCCAAAACAAUCCCAUUUUCUAUUACCACUUCCGCUUUUACUCUCAAGCCGUCAACUUCUGGUUGGACAAGACAGUCAACUAUUUCCGGUUCCGACCUACCUUCUCCUGUCGCCAGUAGCUCGGCACCAACAGAAACUUCAACGGCAGCAGAGUUGAGUGUGGCUGCCACAACUUCAGCAGCAGCAGCAGUAGCACCUUUGGUACCUGUCAGUUUAGUUACAGAUCCCAGUUCAACUAAAAGUCUCUUCACUACCAUCAGUUCAGUUACAUUCGCUGGAUCUUCCUCCUCCUCCUCUUCCUCCUCAUCAGCUGAUUCCACAAUUAUGUCUAGCAGGGAAUCGGUUGAGUCCUACCUGUCCGAGCACCUGGCAAGGAAGUCCCAGGAGUACAAUUUUGAUUUCACGAGCGGCAAACCAUUCUCUCGCAAGAACGUCGCCGGCCAGAAAUAUGAAUGGUCGCGAAUCAGCAAGAGGCAAAAAAGAGAUGAUGAUGACGACGACGACGAUGAUGGAGAUGAUGAUGACGACGAUGAUGACGAAGGAGCUGAACAUGGGCAGAAGAAAAAGGACGAUGAAUGA